AUGCACGAGAGCACCGCGCCGCGCUUGCUUCGUGUGCAAGUCGCCCGCGUCAUCAACGCGCCCCGCGCAUCCUUCAUCGCGUCGCUGCCACACAAGCUCUCGGUGAUCACAAAGCUGCUUGGUGACGAAUCAACCGAGCACGUCACGCCACCUCUGCUCGCCGGGCCCACGACGGGCUCGGUCGCUUGGGCCCGCGAGGUCUACGUCUUUGAGCUGACCGAAGCCGACAUGUACAACCGCGUCCUCGAGGUGACGCUUCUCGAGUCCAACAGCUUUGGGAUGCGCAAUAUCGUUGGGCGGGCGAGAGUUCCGUUGUCGGCGUACGAAGCCGACCGAAGCCGUGUACACGAGACCAAGGUCGCGCUUGAGCCGUCAAACCUGCGCAUUUUGCUGCACAUGGACGUCUGGGACUCGGGCGAUCCGCACAGCGCCCGGCGCCUUCCGAAUCCGAUGCAACCGUACAUGUAUGAUUGA